AUGUCUAAAGAAGUUCAAUUCAAGGCCUUCACCGACCAGAAGCCUGGUACAUCGGGCCUUCGCAAGAAGGUGACGGUCUUCCAACAAGAUCAUUACAGCGAGUCCUUCAUUACCUCCAUCCUCCUCUCCAUCCCUGAAGGUGUCGAGGGUUCAUUUCUUGUCAUCGGUGGUGAUGGAAGAUAUUGGAAUCCAGAAGUCAUCCAGCUUAUUGCAAAGAUCGGUGCUGCAUAUGGUGUCAAGAAGCUGCUCAUCGGCCAGAAUGGCAUCCUGAGUACACCUGCUGCCAGCCAUGUUAUCCGGAUCCGCAAGGCAACUGGUGGUAUCCUCCUGACUGCCAGCCACAAUCCAGGCGGACCCAAGGCCGACUUUGGCAUGAAGUACAACCUAUCCAACGGUGCUCCUGCCCCCGAGUCCGUCACCAACAAGAUCUAUGAAUUGUCAAAGACUCUUUCAUCAUACAAAAUCGCAGACAUCCCCAAAGUCGAUAUCGAAUCCAUCGGUACAAAAAAAUAUGGCGAUCUUGAGGUUGAAAUCAUUGAUUCUGUCGCCGAUUAUGUCACCAUGCUCAAAGAUAUCUUUGAUUUCGAUCUCAUCCGCUCCUUUUUCAAAUCUCAACCCGACUUCAAGGUUCUGUUCGAUGGAUUGUCCGGUGUCACCGGCCCAUAUGGCAAAGCCAUCUUCCAAGGCGAACUCGGAUUGUCCGAGUCGAGCACACAGAACUGUGAACCCAGUCCCGAUUUCAACGGCGGUCAUCCAGAUCCCAAUCUCACAUAUGCUCAUUCGUUGGUUGAGCGCGUCGACAAGGAAGGCAUUCACUUUGGUGCGGCCUCAGAUGGUGAUGGCGAUCGAAAUAUGAUAUACGGCAAGAACGCUUUCGUCUCACCCGGUGAUUCUUUGGCGAUUAUCGCCCACUAUGCCAAACAAUACAUCCCAUACUUCAAAAAGCAGGGUGUCUAUGGUCUUGCCAGAUCAUUCCCAACCUCUGCGGCCCUGGAUCUCGUCGCCAAGAAGCAAGGCUUGAAUGUUUAUGUCGUACCCACCGGAUGGAAGUUCUUCUGCUCUCUUUUCGAUACCGACAAGAUGUCAAUCUGUGGUGAGGAGUCGUUUGGUACAGGUUCAAAUCAUAUCCGAGAAAAAGACGGCCUGUGGGCUGUGACUGCUUGGCUCAACAUCAUUGCUGGUGUAGGUCGGGAUACUGGCAAGUUCCCUUCUAUUGCCGAGAUUCAGAAGCAAUUCUGGCACGAAUAUGGCCGCGUGUAUUUCACUCGAUACGACUACGAAGAUGUUAGCAGCGAGGGAGCCGCGGAUAUGGUCAAGUCUCUCAAGGAAAAGAUUGCUGACAAGGCCACGGUCGGAUCAGAGAUCAAGGGUCGCAAAAUCACGGAAGCUGACGACUUCUCCUAUACUGAUCUUGAUGGAUCAGUCUCGAAAAACCAAGGAAUCUAUUUCAUCUUUGAUGAUGGAACCAGGGUCGUUGUACGCUUGUCUGGAACAGGCAGCAGUGGAGCCACUAUUCGUCUGUACGUCGAGAGAUUGGAAGAAGACAAGAGCAAGCUUGGAGAUGAUACCCAAACUUAUCUGGAGGGACCGGUCAGCUUGGCGGCGGAGUUGUUGCAACUUCAAAAGUUCAUUGGUAGAACUGAGCCUGAUGUGAAGACUUGA